GUGAGGCAAUCCCUCUAUCCUUGACCCCUUCCUUUGUACAGUGAGUGAUGGCUCUUUUAUCUCUUGAUGAUGAAGCACAGCCUUCAGCUGGGGCAUUUAAGACGCAGAACACACGGUUGCAGCCACAGCUGCAGGAGCCAGAGGCAGACCUUGACAGGCUCAGGAAGUCUGGAAGAAGCCACCCUCAAGAGCAGAGGCGGCAACAGCAACAGCAGCAGCACCACUCCAUCUGCCCCCGCUGCCAGGAAACAAUGCUCCUCGCGACGUUUAAGCUGUGUGCUGGCAGCUCCUACAGACAUGUGCGCAACAUGAAGGGGCUGAGGCACCAAGCUGUGCUGGCCAUUGGCCAGGAGCUGAACCGGAUGGCACUGGGGGGCCCGACCCCAAGUGGGUGGAUCAACCAGGUUCGGCGUCAGAGCUCUCUGCUUGGUUCUCGGCUAGAAGACACUCUCUACAGCGACCAGGAGCUGGCCUAUAUCCAGCAGGGAGAGGAGGCCAUGCAGAAGGCUCUGGGCAUCCUCAGCAACCAGGAGGGCUGGAAGAAGGAGAACCAGCAGGCAAAUGGGGACAAAGUGCUGAGUAAAGUGGUUCCAGACGUGGGCAAGGUAUUCCGGUUGGAGGUGGUGGUGGACCAGCCUGUGGAGAGGCUUUAUGAAGAGCUUGUGGAACACAUGGAGGCCAUGGGAGAGUGGAACCCAAAUGUCAAGGAGAUCAAGGUCCUGCAGAAGAUUGGAAAGGAUACAGUCAUCACCCAUGAGUUGGCUGCAGAAUCAGCAGGAAACCUUGUGGGGCCCCGUGACUUUGUGAGUGUGCGCUGUGCCAAGCGCCGAGGCUCCACCUGUGUGUUGGCUGGCAUGGCCACACAUUUCGGGGAGAUGCCUGAGCAGAAAGGUGUCAUCAGAGCCGAGCAGGGUCCCACUUGUAUGGUGCUCCGUCCCCUGGAUGGAAGUCCCUCAAAGACCAAACUCACUUGGCUGCUCAGCAUUGACCUCAAGGGAUGGCUGCCAAAGACUAUCAUCAACCAGGUCCUAUCACAGACCCAGGUGGAUUUUGCCAACCAUCUGCGAAAGCGCCUGGAGUCCAGCCCUGCUCCUGAAGCCAGGUGUUAAAGACCAGCUUGCUGCUCCCAACUCUUCCUAGCUGCACUGGCUUGCAAGCUCAUCAGGAAAAUCCCUCCUAGAAGCCUGCAAGUCUGUUUAAGAUCUUUAUCUGAGGACAGUGCGAUGAAGUGGUAGUGUAUUUAGAGUAUGAUACUAGGACUCAGACUGGUAACAUUUUAGUACCAAGAAAAUGUGGACAAGGCUCUUAAAGAGAAAGAGCCUUCCAGCUUCUUCACUGAUUAGCUGUGAAAUGAAGGUUAAGGGUCCCAAAAUAUUUGUAAAACUUUUUCUGGGCCUAACGUCUACCUAAAAACAUCUUAAAAAUGCUACUAACUGAUAUAGGGUGCAGAGGGUGCGAAAUACAAAGACUGGAACCUCACGCUUUAUGGGCUCAAGAGCUCCAUUCCCUGCAGGCAGUGUGUGUGGACAUUCAGGGUCUUACAGAGGGGCUCCAGCAACCCUCUGCUCCUCCACCAAGUAGGAAGAGAACUGCACCAGAGAGUAAGCAACCCCCACAGUAGGUACCUGCCAGAAACUUAGUCCAGGUUUUCUUGACAAAAAAAUACAAAACUAAUUAUUAGACUGGUUCCCCUACUUCUUCCAUGAGCAACAGUCAGAAUAAAGAAUCAUAAUUAACACAAAAACUUCAGUCUGUACCUCUUUCAAAAUUCUACUCCUAGGAAAAAAAAAUCUAUUCUAGUAAAUUGCAACUUCAUACUAAAGGAGUCCUGGGCAAAGAUUUUAAUUAGUUAAAUAAACUAAAUCCCCUAGCUCAUUAAAAGGAAAAACUAUUGAGGACUUAUGUCAUUCAAUUAUUUGGAAUCUGUUACCAGAAUCUUUCAUAAAAAUUUAAUUUCCAUGAUAAGCACAAGCCUAAAUCAGUUCUUGAGUUCUCUAUAACUGUUAGCUGAUUAAUGGGCAUUGAAAAAUGAAGAUUAUGACUGAGGACUUUUAUUUACCUAAUUAAAAGGACAGUCCCAAAUAUGAGAGAAUGAACGGUAUUACUAAGAUAAAAUUAAACAAAAACAAAUUUUAUUAUUUUCCCAUUCGUGAUUGUUUAGACCUAAAAAUGGAACUGAGUCUUUAGUUCAGAGUUACUGCAUCAGCUUUCAGCGUGGCUCGGGCUGCCAAUUUCUCUGCUUUAACAGGUCAGCAUUUUACUAUUUUGAGAGGAGAUGGCUAGAAGGGGUAAUACAGUGUUAGCAAAUUCCCUUUCCAAGAUACAGAGAAAUUUUGCUUAAAAAUAUAAAUUGGGAUGGGAUUAUUUUGCUAAAAUGUAUAACUAGGAUGAAAAACCAACAUUACCACUUGAAGCUUUUCCAUUCUAGUUCUAAUAGCAUUGAUGAUUUAUAUCAUUUGGAAACAGAGCUCUAGCUUAUU